AUGGCCCUGGCCAGAACCCACGAAACCUGGCUUGCUCAGCCUACGCGCGCUCCUGGCCAACGGAUUCUCGGUGUCGGUGGUGGCCGUGCCAGCGCCAGUCGGCAGGCUCGGAUUUGGGUGGAACUAGGGCUGAAAAUUUGGGAAGCGCAGCAGCAGAGCAACCCAGCCAUUCAUUCAGUUCAGUGUUCAGACGUGCAGUGUGCAAAUCCAAAUACUCUGGAUGGCACCCGUUCAAGGCCUUGCAAGAUGAUCUGUGUUUGAGAUCCAAUUCCGUCCCUGCAG